AAAAUAAGAAAGAAAAUAUUAUAUACUUGAUAAAAAGAAAAAAGAGGGAGGAAGGAAGAAAGCGGUGGUUAAAUUAAAGAGGGAAGAAGUAAGAAGACAAGUGGUAAUGAAGAAUGGACUUGAAUUGUCAAUUCAGUUUGGUGCUGUUGCUGGUGGUGGCAACAUCCCUUCACCUUCAACUACUCUACGUUUCAGGUAAAGAUAAUGGAGUUUGCAUUUCACCUGGUGGUCGCUUCCCUAGAUUUUCAAAUGAAGGAAAACCUCCAAGAAAAGUUAAAAGGGGCCCGAGAGAUUUGAACCUCUGUAGGGUAUUUCGCGGAAAAACUUGCUGUGAUGUAACACAGACACAUCCUGCUUUUAUAUCCAUUAGGAGGCUUGCUUCAACUGGAGAAGCGAGCCAGGAGUGCUUGCACUUAUGGGAGAUGUUAGAAUGUUCAAUCUGUGAUCCACGUGUUGGUGUGCAGGCUGGACCCCCUGUUUUAUGCACCUCUUUCUGUGACAAAGUUUACGAAGCUUGCUCCAACGCAUACUUCUCCAUUGAUGCUAAGACACAGGUUCUAGCACCCUGUGCUGUAAACGACUUUGUCUGUGGUAGAGCAUCUGAAUGGAUCUCUAAUGGGACAGAGCUCUGCCACGUUGCAGGUUUUUCUGUGAAGUCUUUGUCUGAUGAUCCAGAAGAAGUUUCUUGCUAUGGUGGAAAAUCUAGUGUGGAUUAUAUUGCUGAUUCAUGGAGGACUUCACGAUCCAGGGUGCAAGAGAAAGCUGACAGUUCUGGAUUAGUGGAAGAUUUCAAGCAAUGGGUGGAGGACAUGACAUUUAAAGAGAGAAUAUCUUGGGCUGUAGGAGGCAUGGUUCUUACAGCAGGACUUCUAUUUACCAGUCAAAGGAAAAGCCAUAGGCAGCGCCAGAAACUAGCAGCCCUCCAACGUACUGCCAAGAAAUUAGAAGGAAGGGGGAGUCCGAGAUCUCCUACAACUUUAGGAAGCCGAAAGGGAAGUUAAAGAUGAUAACUAACUCCUUAGUUGGGAGGAAUUUCAUCUUGUUACUAUACUCCAUUACAAAGUUAACAAUGAAUACAGAUUUUAAUUGUUAUUGUACUUCAAAUGUAAACCAGUGAAGAAAGUUUUGGUGCAACUCUGA